UGUAGACUUAACUGCCUGCUUCUCACUCAACCCACCUCCAUAUCCGACGCAUAAGUCUGCCACAUCAUCCCAGAUUAAACCUAAUCUCUCCAACACAGAAUAAGAACACCAACAUGGGCAAGAAGCGCGUUCUCGUCAGUUACGGCGUCGAUAUCGAUGCCGUCGCCGGCUGGCUGGGAUCCUACGGCGGCGAGGACAGCUCCAACGAUAUCAGUCGAGGACUCUGGGCCGGUCACAUCGGCACCACACGUCUCCUCAAACUCUUCUCCAAAUACAACAUCAAAGCCACUUUCUUCAUCCCCGGCCACUCACUCGAAACCUUCCCCGAAGAAUGCGCCAUGGUACGAGACGCCGGCCACGAAAUCGGCCUGCACGGCUACACACACGAAAACCCCUCCGACAUGACCCUCGAGCAGCAACGCGACAUCCUCGAUAAGACCUAUCACCUGCUGUACGAUUUCACUGGCAAGCCGCCGCGGGGCAUCGUUGCGCCAUGGUGGGAAACCAGUAAAGAGAUGGCCGAUUUGUUGCUCUCCUAUGGAAUUGAAUAUGAUCAUUCCAUGUCUCAUCAUGAUUGUCAGAUGUAUUGGUUGAGAACGGGCGAUACAUGGACUAAGAUUGAUUAUUCCCAGAAGGCAGAAACUUGGAUGAAGCCGCUGGUUAGGGGCCAGGAUACGGGGCUCGUGGAGAUCCCGGGCAAUUGGUAUAUUGAUGAUUUGCCGCCUAUGAUGUUUAUCAAGUCCGCACCGAAUAGUCAUGGUUGGGUGAAUCCUAAGGAUGUUGAGGAGCUUUGGAAGGAUCAUUUUGACUACUUCUAUCGCGAGUACGAUGAAUUUGUCUUCCCUAUGACUAUUCAUCCUGAUGUGUCGGGUCGUCCGCAUGUUCUUCUUAUGCAUGAGAGAAUCAUUGAAUAUAUCAACAAGCACGAGGGCGUGGAAUGGGUCACUUUUGAACAGAUGUGCGAUGAAUUCAAGAGCAAGAACAAGCCGCCGGAGGGCGCUAGGAUGCCUUCUGCUCCCAUGCCUGCAAGGAAGUGAACCCGGACUGUUGAGCUGGCCACGAGUUGCAUAGUCUCCAACAUGCAUGUUCUAUGAUGUAUGAACUGAGCCUAAUGAAUGAUACCGGG